CAACCAAACAAACAAACACAAGCCUUUUUCUUACAAAAAAAAAUGGAGUACUCUAAUGGAUUUCCUAGAAAAAGAGAUGUUUCUCUUCAGGAACUUAGCAAAAGGCUUGCUGAGUUUGCUCAAGUAAGAGGAUGGGAACAAUAUCACAGUCCCAGAAACCUUCUUUUAGCUCUUGUUGGAGAGGUGGGAGAGCUUUCUGAGAUAUUCCAGUGGAAAGGAGAGGUUGCAAAGGGGUUACCCAAUUGGAGUAGUGAUGAUAAGGAGCACUUAGAGGAAGAGCUUUCUGAUGUUUUGCUUUAUCUAGUGCGUCUUGCAGAUGUUUGUGGGCUAGAUCUUGGCCAAGCAGCUCUCACAAAAAUACUCAAGAAUGCUAAGAAAUACCCAGUUACUACUACUGACCAUACCACCACUUCCAAUCGCAACUAGCUUCCUAUGUACUACCACCAGUAUGCUAUAUAAUGCUACAAUCCAAUAUCCAUGUAACUUUCUCUUCGUUUUACCUUUGAAACUGAGUCCAUUCCCAAGAAGAUUAAAUUAAACCUUUAGUUAAACAAGUUAUAACUAUUUCAUAA